AAAGGCUUCCGUGCAGGAACGAGGCAGGACGCUUUGCAUUGUCGGGACUUUGUGGAGGUUUGUCCUUGUGAAGAAAAGCCGCAGUUUGGUCUCCGCCCGUGCAUGUCCCAGCCGGAGGGAGCGCAACCCGGAGCGCAGCGCCGCACCGAGCAUCACUGAGCACCGAGAGCCGCCAGCAGCAGCCCGCCGCCGGCAUGAGCCUGACCCGGAGCUCCGUCCCCCUCAGCGCUGCCCUCAGCCUGCAGCUGCUGUUGCUCUCUGCCCGCAUUCAGGUUUCUUCGGCUUCAGGACACUUUGAGCUUCAGAUUUUGUCGAUGCAGAACGUCAACGGGCAGCUGCUGACGGGCGCCUGCUGCGACGGAUCCCGGGACGUGGUGGACGGACGCUGCACGGCGGACGAGUGUGACACCUACUUCCGAAUCUGUCUGAAGGAAUACCAGCUGAAGGUGUCGUCGGCCGGGCCCUGCAGCUUUGGCACCGCCUCCACGCCUGUGCUCGGUGGAAAUACCUUUUCUUUACGCAACGGCAAGAACGACAAAGCCAGCAUCCUGUUACCGUUCAGCUUCGCGUGGCCGAGGUCGUACACGUUGAUCGUGGAAGCCUUGGACUUCAACAACGACUCGUCCUCCAGCAGUAUUGGCGGCGCAGUGAUCGAGAAAGCCGUCCACUCCGGGAUGAUAAACCCCAGCCGCCAGUGGCAAAGCCUGAAGCACAACGGCCCCGUGGCCCAGUUCCACUUCCAGGUCCGCCUCAGCUGCGACGAGCACUACUACGGCUUCGGCUGCAACAAGUUCUGCCGGCCUCGAGACGACUUCUUCGGCCACUAUGAGUGCGACCACAACGGCAACAAGACAUGCCUGGAGGGCUGGUCUGGCCCAAACUGCAACACUGCGAUCUGCAGACAGGGCUGCAGCACAGAACAUGGAUCCUGUAAAGUCCCUGGAGAGUGCAAGUGUCUGUACGGCUGGCAGGGGGAGUACUGCGACCAGUGCAUCCCUCAUCCCGGCUGUGUUCACGGCAGCUGUGUGGAGCCCUGGCAGUGUCUCUGCGACACCAACUAUGGAGGACAGCUGUGUGACAAAGACCUGAAUACAUGCAGGACACGGCAGCCAUGUUUGAACGGAGGAACCUGCAGCAACACGGGACCAGACAAAUACCACUGCUCCUGUCCUGAAGGCUUCUCUGGGGUCAGCUGUCAGAGAGCAGACCACGCCUGUCUCUCUCACCCCUGUCUGAAUGGAGGAAGCUGUGCAGAAACCAGUCAGGGUUUCGAGUGUCUCUGUGCCCCCGGAUGGUCCGGACAACUGUGCUCCAUCAACGUGGACGAGUGCGUGGCGAACCCCUGCAGUCAUGGGGGGACCUGCCAGGACCUGGUUAACGGUUUCAAGUGUGUCUGUCCUCCUCAGUGGGCUGGAAAGACCUGCCUCAUCGAUGCCAAUGAGUGUGACGACAGCCCCUGCGUCAACGCCAACUCUUGCCGAAAUCUGAUUGGAGCGUACUUCUGCGAGUGCCUUCCUGGUUGGACGGGCCAGAACUGUGACACCAAUAUCAAUGACUGUCAAGGUCAGUGUCAGAACGGAGCGACGUGCAAGGACCUACUAAAUGCUUAUAAGUGUGACUGUGCUCCUGGUUUUGGUGGUGAACACUGUGAGAAAGACGUGGACGAGUGUUCCAGCGGACCGUGUCUGAACGGCGGCCGCUGCCACGACGAGGUCAACGGCUUCCACUGUCUGUGUCCACCUGGUUUCUCUGGAAGUCGCUGUCAGCUGGAUAUCGAUUACUGUCUCCACAGUCCGUGCCAAAACGGCGGCGAGUGUUUCAACCUGGCGGCCGACUACGUCUGUAAAUGCCCUGAAGACUACGAAGGCAAGAACUGCUCGCGCCUGAAGGACCACUGCCGCACAACACCCUGCAAAGUGAUUGACAGCUGCACAGUGGCAGUGGCGUCCAACAGUACGCCGACUGGGGUGCGUUUGAUCUCGUCCAACGUGUGCGGGCCUCACGGCCGGUGCCGGAGUCACGGCGGUGGACAGUUCAGCUGUGAAUGUGAGGAAGGAUUCACUGGGACCUACUGCCAUGAGAAUAUAAACGACUGUGAGAGCGCCCCCUGCCUGAACGGAGGAACCUGCAUCGACAAAGUCAGUCAGUAUCAGUGUGUCUGUGCUGAAGGCUGGGACGGACCCACCUGCCAGAACAACAUCGACGACUGCAGCUCUGCUCCUUGUCAGAACCGAGGCGUCUGUCGAGAUCUGGUCAGCGACUUCCACUGCGAGUGCAGCAACGGCUGGAAGGGAAAGACGUGUCACUCAAGAGAGAGCCAGUGUGAUGAAGCCACCUGUAACAACGGAGGAACCUGCCACGACCAAGGCGACACCUUCAGCUGUGUGUGCGCCGCCGGCUGGGAGGGAUCCGCCUGCAGCAUCGCAAAGAACAGCAGCUGUCUGCCGAGUCCCUGUGAGAACGGAGGGACCUGUGUGGUGGACGAAGACUCGUUCCGCUGCUUCUGUAAGGAGGGCUGGGGCGGCGCCACCUGCAGCCACAAUGCCAACGACUGCAGUCCUCAUCCCUGUUACAACAGCGGCACUUGCGUCGACGGGGACAACUGGUACCGAUGUGAAUGCGCUCCGGGUUUUGCCGGCCCAGACUGCAGAAUCAACAUCAACGAGUGCCAGUCGUCUCCCUGUGGAUUCGGCUCAACCUGCGUGGAUGAAAUUAACGGUUACCGCUGCAGCUGUCCUCCAGGAAGAACUGGUCCCCGCUGCCAAGACGUGUCCGGGAGGUCCUGUGUGUUCGGAGGGCAGGUGGCUCUGGAUGGAAGCAGAUGGAAUGACGACUGCAACAGCUGCAGCUGUAACAAUGGAAAAGUCACCUGCACAAAGCUCUGGUGUGGACCUAAACCUUGUAGCCUCCUCAGCAAGACUCGUGGUGCAGAGUGUCCGGCAGGUCAGACCUGUGUCGCUGUCCGUGAAGAACGCUGUUUUGUCAAGCCCUGCCUCGGCCAAGGAGAGUGCUGGGGCCCCGCCCACGGAGCCACGCCCUCGACCAGGUGUCACGCCGAGAGCAACUGUGCUAACGUCACCUUUACCUUCAACAAGGACGUCAUGGCAAAGGACGUGACAGUGGAGCGGGUCUGUCGUGAGCUCAGAAGCCUCUACAUCGUCAAGAACCUCUCCUCGGAUUUCUCCAUCUCUAUGACCUGCGAGCCGUCGCUCAGCACCAGCAAUGAGAUCCACGUCGCCAUCUCAACAGACGACCAGAGGAGAGGUCUGACCUUUGUCAAGGAAAUCACAGACAGGAUCAUGGAUCUGGUCAGCAAGAGCAGCGCCAACAGCACCAUCAUCAGCGCCAUCGCAGAGGUCCGCAUCCAGAGACAACAGCACCAAAACCCCAAUGAUCACCUGAUGCCCCUCCUGGUGUCGGUGAUAGUCGUCGUCUGGGCGCUGGCAGUUGCUUCGGCGUUGCUGUGGUGCAUCCGAAGGCGGAGGAAGCUGAACACCCACACGGCAGUCAGCACCCAGGCCUCGUCGUCUUUAGCGCCCGCGGCCGAAGACAACAACGCCCUCCACAACAGCAUCAGCACGGCCCGCGAGCAGCUCAACCACAUCAAGAACCCCAUCGAGAAAAACCCACCGAGCCACCACCAGCAGCACCAGCUCCUCCUCCAUCACCACCUCUACGAGGACAAGAACUCCGUCAACGCCAAGAUAAGAAAAGCAGACAGUGGAAGCCAGUCGGACGAAGACGAGGUGGACAAGAGGCUGCAGAAAGCAAGGUUCCCUCUGACACCGCCGGCGUACUCGCUGGUAGACUGGGAGGAGCGCGCCGCCCACCACACAGCGAGCAAACCUCCCCACUGGACUAGCAAACAGGACAACAGGCAACUGCAGUCGCGGAGUGUUAACCGGGUGGAGUACAUUGUAUAGCCAAGGGGGCUCGCAGUGACUGGAAGGAGAUCAGAAACCAUCUGUGGAAGACUUUUGUGACCCAUCGGGGAUGUUUUGAUCAUUCGUUUACGUUUUCUUUGUUAUGCAAAAGUUCAUUAAUGAUGGACUUUUGCUGUUUAAUUUAUGUUUUGACUGACGCUGGUCAGAACGGUCCACUGCGGUUGGCUGGAUCUCCUACUUGUGGAUGCCAGGAUUUGGACAGCAUUCCUAACGGAUCGGUUUUGUAUUCGAGGGUGCUGCUGCCUUGUUGCACCACAGCACCUGACAAAUUUGAAGAAAACUAUUUAUUUUGCAUUUUUUCGGGUGGGUGGGGGGAUGUGGUCAGUCUGUCGGCAGCUGCUGCCAAUAUGAAGAAUCGUCCGUGUAGAAUGUUCCUGUAUAGACGUGUAAAUAGUUUUUUAAUUAAUCACUGUGUAUAUUUGAUUUCUUAACUUAAUUGUCAAGAGCCUUAAGAUAUUCCUUUUGUUAAUUUAUGAGUUUAGAGUUGAGAGUUUGACAGCUUUGUAAGCUGCUGACUUUUUGAUGGAAAUAAUUCUUUUUUUUUCAUCAACGCCAAAAGUGUUCUUGAAAGGAUAGUUUAUUUUUAACCUUUUGGAUUUGGGCAUUUUUGUGCCUCAGCUACGUGUUUCCUACAAUGUUGUAAAUACUUUUCAUGUACAUGCAAAGGGAGGGGGCAGUGCUGCGUGGUUAGAGACAGAUUUUGCUGCUGCAGGGUCUUUUUAUACAAACCGACAUGGUGGUAGAUGUGUUGCUGUUGCUACUGAAAAGAAUUUCUUCAAGGGAUGCAACGUUUUUGUAGUAUUUCGUAUUUUUUGUACAGUGUGACGUCGAGUCGAGGACGGCCUUCAGUUCCUGUUUACAUACGCAACAGUCUGAACUAUCAAACCUGCAUCAUAAUGGAAGUACUUGAAGACAGCAUUGAACAAGAAAACCACACAGCUGUUAUGUGACAUGUUGCCUGGUGUUGAGACGAUGAUGAAAAGAGGCUGUAGAAACCACGUUUGAUGUCAGCCGCUUUGGUUCAUGAUGGAGGAUUGAAGAAACUCGUUUUCCCUGUAUAAUGUUUCUGGACCUUGAGAAAUAAAAGUCUUGAAGUUUGUUACAGGCA